AAAGCGACGAACCGGAUGUUUCAUAUCUGUUUCCAAUGUAAAUAACGAAAGAUGUGAGGAAUUCGAAAAAUAUCUUAAAAUCUUCUGCUAUUACGCAUUGAAUGAUGUCGAAUGAAAUUCAUUUUUCUUGACAGCGCCUCCCAAUCAUAGUCAGGAUUGAUUGUUCGGGAGUAACAAGUAGAAGAAGUAGAAGAAAUAAAAUGAUAAAACUUGAAUAUCUCAGUUGGUAGACGCAAUGUUUCGCGGACCUAGAGAUUUCACUAGACUGGAUUUGAAACAGUUUGGUGGGCAUAAAGAUGAGGUCAACAGUGUGGCGUUCUCCGCAGACUUCCAGAUCAUGGUGACAGGCUGUGAUGACCAGCGUGUGCGUGUGUUCAACGCCUCCACUGGUCAGCUGAUCUGCAAGCUCAAGGGACACACCGGGGCAGUUAAGAGUGUUGGCAUAGCGCCUGACAGCAAGACCUUUGCGAGUGGCUCCUAUGACAAAACUGUACGAAUAUGGCAAGUCCGAGACGGGACAUGCCUUCAUGUUCUUCAAGGACAUACUAAGAGUGUUGAAACUGUCGUGUACUCUCCAGACUCCACUCGAGUCUGCUCGGGAUCCUGGGAUAGGACUGCCAUACUGUGGGACGUUCAGAAUGGCUACUUACUGAAGGUGUUUGAAGGUCAUGAAAACCUUGUGCAGUCAAUCGCCUUCUCUGCAAGCGGAAACUCAUUGGCGACUGGUUCCUGGGACUUUACUGUGCAACUAUGGACACUGUGGAGCCCAGACGGACGGGACAAGGUCGUGGUACUCAAGGGUCACCGUGGUAACGUUCAUGCUGUUACAUUCUCAAAGGAAGGCAUGUUGGCGUCAGGUAGCUGGGACAGGACCGUGAAGCUUUGGAACCCCCGUACUGGCAGGCUCAUUCACACGCUGGUCGGCCACACAGGGUGGGUACAGGCCGUGGCAUUCUCCACGGAUGGCAUAUACCUGGCCAGUGCCAGCGAUGAUGACACUGUGCGGAUAUGGGACGUUGUCACGGGCAACUGCAUAAACACUCUUGAGGGGCAGACGGAUGUUGCCCAGCAAUGUGCUUUCACACCCGGUGGGGCAUUAGUAGCCUCAGGAGCUGCUGGUCUGACCUUGACCCUUACUUGAUCCCUUUUACCAUAACUUGACAUUGACCUUUACAUGACUUACCAAUCGACCCUCACAUGAAUUUGACUUCAUGUUUUACUUGACCUUUACCCAAAAUAGCCCUCACCUAACAUUGACCAUUUAUUGACCUUUACAUGACCCUUGACCAUUACCUGGCUUUGAUCUUUACUUUGACUCUUACCUCACAUUGAAUUUAACCUGAGCUUUAACUGACACUCACAUGACAAUGACUUAUAGUUUACCUUAUGUCCUUAUUGCAGGUCACAUGGCAUGACACAUUAGGGGAAGGGGGGGGGGGGGGGUCAGGUAUGCCUUGCACUGGAUUUACGAAAAUAUACUGCUGACCAGACCAGAAGUGAAGUGCCUUGUUUUGAAGUGGACCUUUACUUUUUUUCGUGUGAUUUUGGAUUGAAUUUGGUUUCGAUUUUUUGUUUCAACAAUACUCACCUGGGAUUCAAAUGUUUUGUUUACAAUUCAGCCCUGAAAUGUUAUUGACUGCACAGGCUUAUCUGGGACAAUAAUUUACGUUAAAUCCAGUUUUACCAGAGCCUGACUUAAUUUUUGUAUGUUUGUUCAUGGCAUCGAUUACAGCAGUACAUGUUAUUUAAAUAGGGCAUACAAUUAUAAUUAAUAAUAACAGAAUUUAUUUCAAUUAUAAUUAAAAUAUGACUAAUUCUCCCUAUGAUGCAAAUAAUGUACAUCACUCAAUUUAUUGAUAUUAUAUUUUUGUGUAAAGGUCAUUGAUAUUUUUGUUUUGUUUCUCCAAAACUGUCACUAGUCCAUAACGGUUAGUUAUGUAUGAAACUCAUUUUACCUUGUAUUUCUAGGUUGCUUAAAAUGGUUUCUCAGUUUUGGUAAAUGCAAAUAGUCACAGUAUGUACUAAGGUAGGAGAUUAAUAAUUAUUUAUUAGACUGUUUUGCUUGAUAAAAUAUGUGUUCUUCAAAGGUUGUCGCACUUGUUCAAAAAAAUCGUAAUAUAAGAUUUCUUGGUCAGUUCUCAGAAAGCUGUUUAGUGAAAUCUUUACCACAUAUGUACCUGAGAGAAAACGAAAGAUAACAUUUUCCUUUCAUUAUCCAAUGUUUUAUUCUUACAAAAGGAUUUAGUGUUUUCAAAUUGACAUGUCAAAAUAAUGUUAUUGUAAAACAGACUCAACUGGUUCUAACUAGUAAAAUGGACUAAAGAGUUUAUGUUUAACCCUUUCAGCGCUGGAACCAAAUUUUAAAGGCCUUUGCAAACAGUUUGGAUCCAGAUGAGACGCCACAGAACGUGGCGUCUCAUCAGGAUCCAAACUGUUUGCUAUUCUGAUAGUAUUCUAAGAAAAUGCUACUUUUAGAAAUUAAGCAGACAACAUUUUAGCAGACUACAAAUUUCCUACGAGGGCUCAAUAUUCAUUUAAGCUAAACCAAAAUAGGUUUAAAUUAAUCAAAUAGUGUUCAAGUAUUUUGUUUAUACAUUUUAUAUUGGGUACCCUUUUACUGUAUUUUUGAACUAUGUUGUAUUAACUAUUAGGAAAUUGUGUAAAUGCUUUGACUUUUGGGAACAAACAACUGAAUUUUAUGUAGAACUUAUGAUAUGAAAGUUCAUCUAUAGACAUUUAAAUUGUCCUGGACUUUAUGUAUCUUUUUAUAUGCAAAGUCCAAAUUUUAAGAAGAACUUAUGAUAUUAGUUAUUAAAAACAUACAUCUUAAUUAACGAUUUCCUUAUAAGCUUUCAGAAUGUCCCAAGAAACUCUUUGUUUCCUACCGGUUUCACCGGAGGGGACUUAUGGUUUGCGCUUUCUAUGUCUGUCUGUCUGCGAGUCUGUUUGUCACACUUUUCUGGAUCCUGCGAUAACUUAAAAAGUUCUUCAUAUUUUUUCAUCAAACUUAAAACAUGGAUAGAUGGCAAUAUGGACAUUAUGCAUGUCAUUUCAUUUUGUUCCUACGUCAAAAAUUCUGGUUGCUAUGGCAACAAAUAUAUAAAAAAAAUCUGACAAUGGUGGAGCCGGUAGGGGACAUAUAUUGCUUGGCAAUAGUCUUGUUUAAACAAGGUUGUAUUGUUAUUUGUGUUUGUAUAUAUUUUUAUUUGUUAUUUAUGAAAAGGCAUGACAGAAUAACUGUGUAAAUGUAAUCAUAUUUAUAGUGCUUCAGUAACUACAUGUAUUAAAUUGCAUUUAUUUUAAUAAUGAUUGUUCAUAAUAGUUUGCAUUGUACUAUAUUUUAUGUUGCAUUUUUGUAAUCCAAUAAACCUUAUGCAUCAUAUAUGCAUAACACA